AUGGUGUUCACUGAGCUCUUGGAGCAGGCAGGGGGCAUGGGGCUCUUCCAGGCCCUCCAGAUCCUCACCUUCUUCCUCUUCUUGGUCUGAGUGCCCUUCCAGUUAGUCGUGGAGAACUUUUCAGCCGCCGUCCCAGGCCACCCCUGCUGGGCUCACCUGCUGGACAAUGGCUCCGGGGCCCCCGCCAACCUCAGCCCCAAGGCCCUCCUGCCCGUCUCCAUUCCACCGGGCCCCAACCGUGGGCCCCACCAGUGUCUCUGCUUCUGCCACCCACAGUGGCAGCUCCUGGACCCCAACGCCACGGCCACCAACUGGAGCGAGGCCGACACGGAGCCGUGUGUGGACAGCUGGGCCUACGACCACAGCACCUUCACCUCCACCAUCGUGACUGAGUGGGACUUGGUGUGUGACCACCAAGGCCUGAAGCCCCUAGGCCAGUCCAUCUACAUGGCUGGGGCCAUGGUGGGAUGCAUCGUCUGUGGCUUCCUCUCCCACCGGUUUGGGCGGAAGCCAGUUCUGAGCUAGUGCUGCCUGCGGGUGGCCGCGACCAGCAUCAGCACCGUCGCUGCCCCCAGUUUCCCUGUCUACUGUGGCCUCCGGUUUCUGAGCGCUCUUGGGUUGUCUGGCAUCCUCCUGACCUCCGCGAUAUUCAUGGUGGAGUGGACCAUGACCAGCACGGGGGCUGUCACCAUGGCGAUCCUGGGGUCCACCUACAGCAUCGGCCAGAUGGCCGUGGGUGGCCUGGCCUUCACCCUGCAGGACUGGUGAACCCUCCAGCUGGCCGUGUCGGUGCCUUUCUUUGUCAUCUUCCCGAUAUCCUGGUGGCUGCCAGAAUCCGCCCGAUGGCUGAUUAUCAUAGGCAAACCAGAUCAAACACUUCAGGAACUCAAAAAGAUGGCCAAGAUAAAUGGCCACAAGGAAGCCCAAAAGACACUGACCGUAGAGGUACUGAUGUCCAGCAUGCAGGAGGAUGUGGCCUCUGCAAAGUCCCGCCAGUCAGUGCUGGACCUGUGCCUGCCCAUGCUCCGCUGGAGAACCUGCAAACUGCUGGUGGUGAACUUCUUCCUCAUCGUCUCAUACUACGGGAUAGUCCUCGACCUGCAGAACCUGGGGAGCGACAUCUUCCCCCUCCAGGUCCUCUUCAGAGCCGUGGACUUCCUGGCCCGGGCCAUCACCACCUUCCUGCUCAGGUUCUUCGGCCGCCGCACUACCCUGGCUGGCUCCCUGGGCGGGGCCGGCCUCGCCAUCUUGGCCAACGCGCUGGUCCCGCAAGACCUGCAGACCCUGCGUGUGGUCUUCGCUGUGCUGGGAAAGGGGUGUUUUGGCCUCAGCUUAACCUGCAUCAUGAUUUACAAGCCAGAACUCUUCCCAACUUCACUGCGGAUAAUCGCAGAAGGCUUCCUGCACUCAGCAGCUCAGCUGGGGUCUGUGAUGGGCCCGCUGACCAGGAUGACCAGCCAGGUCCUGCCCCUGCUGCCCCCGCUCUCCUAUGGUGUCAUCCCCAGCGCUGCUGGCCUCAUGGUCCUCUUCCUCUCAGAGACCCGGGAACUUCCACUCCCUGACACCAUCCAGGACCUGGAGAGGCAGUGA